AUGGUUGUUGGGAUAGGAUUAAGUCCUUUGCUCGUGUGUUCUAUUGACACUGGCGAUCAGGGACUUAUAUCCUCCUUUGUCGAGAGGUGGCACCGGGAGACUUCUAGUUUCCACCUUUCUAUGGGGGAGAUUUCGAUAAUGCUGGAUGACAUCGCGACUCUUCUCCAUCUGUCAAUCGUUGGCGCACUGCGUGACUUCCAGCCUCUGUGCAUUGACGAGGCAAUGUUGCUCCUGGUUGAGUUACUUAUGGUCUCACCAGAGGUGGUCAUGGCCGAGAUAGGCCAAUGUGGCAGACCAUACGUACGCCUGCAGUGGCUGCGAGACAUAUACCAACGUAAAUGUCAGACGCAACACAAGACAACUAUCACUCGCACUUAUCUUCUGCAUCUUUUUUGCACUCUCUUUGCUAAUAAGAGUGCAACCCAUGUUCAUGUCGUACACUUACAUGCCCUGCGUGACCUCACUCUUGUUGGGCGGUAUGCAUGGGGAGCUGCUGGGCUCGUCCAUAUGUACGAUCAGCUUAAUGAUGCCAGUCUCAGCACCAGUCGACAGCUUGCUGGUUACAUCACCUUGUUACAGUCUUGGAUAUACGAGCACUUUCUGUCAGUUGCGGAGUGCAAUGCUGAUCCGGACUAUGACGAGCCCAGACAAAUCCCUCAGGUCCCGGAUGAUCCAGUCAGGUCUGAUGUCGAAGAGCCCAGACAUGUAGUGGAGGCUUGCGAUGUAAUCGCCGACAGGUUGGAGCGUCACCUCAGCCUAGGGGUAGUCAUGUCAGGCACAUAA